GUGGUAUUGUUUCACUUCCGCGGCUCCUCUUCCAAAGCCCUUUUUCGCUCUCGCUCGCUCCGCCAGAGGCGCGUCUGCCGACCUCCGACAGCCGAACGCCGACUGAUGGCCGGCGAUCGGUUUUGAAAUUCUCUGCCUUUUUUCUUCGUUCCAUAAUGGCUCUUGCAAAUCAAGUGGCAUAGGACAUAAAACAUGCUAUUGGGGACGCAUCAUUGACGAAAACUAGAUCAUUGGGUUUUUGCUAUUCUUAUCUUACUUGCAAGACGAAACAUGCAGAUACAUGUGGUGCUGAAAAACAUGUGGAAAAGCUUUGUCUUGUAAGAGCAAAAAGGGUGUGUUAUUUUGAGGAGUUUUCACAUCUAACACCGGGUAUCUAGUUAUAUUUUGUAAAAUCAAAUCACACUAAUUGCAAUGGAGUGCAAUAAGGAAGAGGCAAUUAGAGCCAGAGGCAUUGCAGAGGACAAGAUGCAAAAGAAAGAUUUUGUUGCAGCACGCAAAAUUGCUCUCAAGGCUCAGCAGCUCUUUGCAGAUCUAGAUAACAUCUCUCAGUUGUUAACCGUUUGUGAAGUUCAUUGUUCUGCUGCAGUUAAGGUGAAUGGGGAGACAGAUUGGUAUGGGAUACUUAAAGUUGAACCAACUGCUGAAGAAUCAUUAAUCAAGAAACAGUAUCGCAAACUUGCUCUUUCACUUCAUCCUGAUAAAAACAAGUUUCCUGGUGCUGAAGCUGCCUUUAAACUUAUUGGGGAGGCCUAUAUGACCCUCUCUGACAAAGGAAAACGUUCUCAGCAUGACCUUAAAAGAAGUUCCAGACUCGCAGUUCCUCCUCGGCAGUCUUCUCAACAGACAAGCCGAACAUCAUAUGUUAAGAAGCAACCUGCAUAUGCAAACAGUGUCCAAAAUACUACCACUGGGCGUUCUAAUGGCUUAAAUCAGCAGCAGCCAACAACAUCUGGUUUGCAAACAUUCUGGACUGUUUGCCCUUAUUGUGGCAUGAGGUACCAGUAUUACAAGAGUAUAUUAAACAGAGCCUUACGUUGCCAAAAUUGCUUGAAGCCUUAUGUUGCUUAUGAUUUAAAUGCACAAGCAGCAGCUUCUGGGGCAAAUACUGCACAAUCUGGAAUUCCUCAGGAGUUUUCGGGCCAGCAUACUCAUAAUAACCUUGGUCAGCGGAGUAAUUUUGGAAUUCCUACUCCCAAUACAGGGUUCCAGGGUAAUGUGGGGAGGACUUCAGCAUCAGAUCCUCGGCCAAAAUCAAAAAUCAAUGAUGCUAGUGGUAGAUCCAUGAACAAUGGAAAAGAUUGUUAUACAAGAGCUGGGAACACUGGGAAUGAGGUUCGGUUUGAAAAGGUAGAGCUCGAGGAAGUGAAGAAGAGGGAAAGAGUGGUGAAGCCAGCGGUGGGAAAUUCAAGUCAUAAGCGGAGUAGAAAAAUGGCAGUAGAAUCUAGUGAUUCCGAGAGCACUGAUGAUGAUACUGAGAGCUCUGAUAUUGAGGAGGUUAAAUGUACAUCUGGACAGAAUACUGGGGCAACUAGUCGUUACCCAAGAAGAUCUAGCAGGCAAAAACAAAAUGUUAAGUACAAUGAAGAGGAGAGUGAUGAUGCUGAUGAUGAUGAUGCUGGGGAUGACGAUGAUGCUGCUGCUGAUGAUGAUUAUGAUGCUGCUAGCAGCUUUGUGAAAUCUCCAGAUUUGAAAAGGUUAAAGAAGAGUGGAACAUCAGGUGAUGCAAAUCAAUCUGGUAAAACAUACUACGAAGGACGUGACAAUGUGGUCGGAGGACAAAGCAGUGGCAUUGGAACUACUGUUGCUGAUAAGGAUGCUAACAAACAGAACACCACACUUCCGCAUGAUAAGUUCCAAAAUGGGAAUGAGUUGAAUGGUGAUCAUAUGGAUACAGAAACAGAUGGGGCUGAGGAGAAAGAGGGAAUGCUAAAAGCUGGAAGCAGAUCAACUGUUGAUCUCAGCUCUGAACCAUCACCUUAUCUGGGUAGUUUUUCUUACCCUGAUCCAGAGUUUUAUGAUUUUGACAAGGACAGAGGUACCGACAAAUUCUCAGUUGAUCAGAUGUGGGCUAUCUAUGAUGACUUGGAUGGAAUGCCUAGAUAUUAUGCUCGGAUUAGGAGUGUUGAUACCAAAAACUUCAAGUUAUGUUACACUUGGCUAGAGCAUGUUCCCUUUGGGGAAUCAGAGCUUGCUUGGUCUUGUGAGAAUCUGCCUGUUUCUUGUGGAAACUUUCGACUUGGUAAGUCAGAUUCUACUGACGAUAGGAUGAUUUUCUCUCAUCUUAUUUUCUGUGAAAAGGGCACGAAAAGAAAUACGUACAAGGUACAUCCAAGAAAAGGGGAGGUUUGGGCACUAUUCAAGGGGUGGGAUAUUGGAUGGAGUUCUUAUGCAGAUAAUCACAGAACAUAUCAGUAUGAGGUGGUAGAAGUGUUGUCAGAUUAUGUCGAAGGUCAUGACAUUAAUGUCAUUCAUCUUUUUAAAGUAAAGGGGUUUGUUAGCUUGUUUAUGCAAGCUCCUGGUAGCAGAACCGGAAUGCUCAAAAUACCACAUUAUGAAAUACUACGAUUUUCACACAAGGUCCCUUGUUACAGAAUGACUGGAAAUGAAAGGGAAGGCAUUCCGGAAGGCUUGCUUGAGCUUGAUUCUGCUUCUUUGCCCAAUGAUUUUGGACAUACUGCCCCUUCAAUCAGUCUUGAAACUGCCACUCUUGGAGUGAAACAACCAGUUACAAAAUGUGUGAGUGACCAUGCAGAGAAUGUUGCUGCUUGUUCUGCAGGCUUGAAUGGAAAGGGUAUGCAGGGACAGGCGAAUACAAGCACAGAUCAUCAUGCUGAGCAUGUGAACGGAGUUGACACCGUGGGACAUCAUUGGAGAAGUUCAAAAAGGGAUCCAGCUUCAGAGGCAUGGAUACAUGUUGGAAGUGAAUCCAUGUCACACAAACAUCAGGUUGCUGAGGAAACUGUCAUUGAUCAUCAGGGCUCUAACGUUAAAGCUGCUGCUGCUGCUGCUGGACAGCAAAACGUCUGUGACACAGAAGCAUCAAGUCCCACUUGCUAUGAGUAUCCUGAUUCAGAAUUUCACAGCUUUGAAGAAGAGAGAUCAUGUGACAAGUUCGAGCGUGGUCAGGUAUGGGCUCUAUACAGUGAUGUAGACAAGUAUCCCAAAUAUUAUGGCUGGAUAAGCAAAGUUGAGGUCGAAAAAUUCAGAGUAUAUGUUACAUGGCUUGAAUGCUGCCCUCAGAAUGAGGUUGAGAAACAGUGGGCUGAACAAGAUCUACCCAUUGGCUGUGGAAGGUUCAAAUUCACACGGGACACAGUUGACUUUGAUUCAACAGACACCUUCUCUCAUUUGGUUAAUGCAAAACCAGCAGUGAGAAGGGAUCAAUUCUUUAUCCACCCAAUCAUCAGCCAGGUCUGGGCUGUUUACAGAAAUUGGCAUAAUGGGUGGACACGCAAAGACUUGGAGAACUGUGAAUAUGAUGUUGUGGAAAUCUAUAGACAUACUGGGUCUCAAUUGGAGGCCCUACUGCUGGAAAAGGUGGAGGGUUAUAGAGCAGUCUUCAAACCUGCGAGAAAGGAUGGUACUUGGCAUAAGAUGGAGGUAUUGGCAAAUGAAUAUGCGCGGUUUUCUCAUCGAAUCCCCGCAUUCAAGUUGACACAAGAGCGGGGUGGCAAGCUGGGAGGCUUCUGGGAACUUGAUCCUGCAUCGGUGCCGGAUGUUUUGUUGUUCCCAAGCUGAUUCAUCAAAGCGAAGAUGUUUUGAACUCUUCUCCUCAGGAGGGAAAUUCAUGGUAGAGGAGAAGCAGCCAAGCAUGAAAACAUUUUUGGGGGUAGGAAAUGGCAGGGCUUAUGACAUGGAUUGCAUUCUUGACUUGUUUUUUUCUUAAAAUGUUCUAGUUCAUUUGCUUAAUGAAAUAGCGUCAGGUAGAGGCCUGCGGAACUUGUAUUAUUCUCAUCUGCUCAGUCUCUUUGUAAAGCAAAGCUGGUCUUGUAUGUCUCAUCCAUGCCCUCUAUUUAGCUAUAUAUCAAGGAGGUGGUUUCGUGGGUCUUGGACUAUGUGAUUUGACAUAUUUGCGCCUAUAUUGGGCUUUAUGUUUCUCAUCUUUCUUA